GAUGAUGAAAGACUGCUGGCAUGCGGUUCCCACGCAUAGACCAACUUUUAAACAGCUGGUAGAAGACCUAGAUCGCACCCUGUCCAUGAUGUCCAAUCAGGAGUAUCUGGACCUCUGUGUGCCCCUGGAGCCUAUGUACUCUCAGGUCAUCCUAAACGAACGAAGUUCCACCUGCUCCUCCGAGCCGGACUCUGUCUUCUUGAGAGAGUCUGAACCUGAAGAGCCAUGCAUCCCCCCAAUAGUUCCCCCACAACAAACUGUUCGGUCCUUCAAAAAACGCUGACAGUAGGGAACACCUGGACCUCAAAUUUCACAGAGGAUCUCUUUAUUUCUCUGCUUCCUUUGACUCAUAAACUCUGCAGGCUCAGAGACUGAGGAGUUCAGCCUGGGCCGUCCUAGCACAGAAACGCAAGCGGGAGGAACCGACUCUCAAAAUCAAGACUGAUCAAAACAGAGAGGCUUGUGUGGGGAACUAGCAAACAUUUUGUCCUUCAGAGGGAUUGAUCCUCACAAAUAAGAUGUUCAAAAAGCAACGAAGAUGCUUUUCUUUUGAAAGAAAAGUAAUUGAAGUGUUACCCAUUAGAGUAUGCUGGCUAUGUAAAUGUGGUUCAAUUGUACAAAUAUGGAAUUAUAUGAACACUAUUGUUUUAUAUUACUAUUAUAAUAAUUAUUAUUUUUGUAUGAGCUUAUUAUCCUUUUUUUUUUUUCAAGAAACCUGAUCUGCAACAACGUGUCCUAACCAGCUGCAUUUUGUCACUUGAUUCUAUUUCUAUUCUAUAGCCCCGCCCACAAUUAAAUCUCAUUGGUCCAAAAUCAUCCAACAAAUAACAUAAUAAUUUAACAGAAGUGUGUCAUUUGUGACUCAACUUACGCCAUUUGUAAGUUCAGGUUCCCUGAAAAAUGUUAUCCGACCAGCUCGACAUUUUGAUGUAUUGACCAAAAGCUUGAAUUGGGGGCGGGACUAUGUUUGUUUGACCAAUGGCAGAAGAAAUGAAUGUUUAGGAAACCUGUUUGAAAAUAGUUAUUUGAUGGAGAAGGAGAAAUUACACACUUAAUCUUUAAACUUCAAAUAUGUUCCGACUGGCUGUGGUUGCCUGGAAAAAUUCAAUGUGGAAAAAAUGAACAUGGUUAAAAAUGUAAUGUUUUGCCUAGUUAGAAAAUGGUGUCACAGAUUUAUUG